GUGAGCGAUCAGAAGCAUUGUAGUUUUACACUGUGAUUGUGUCUGUCAUAUCAUAUCAUUAUUUUAUUUUAUGAUUUCAGUUUUAUUUUAACUUUAACCCUGAUGCAGACAGAAAAUUGAAAUAUUUUCUGCACAACUGUGAAUGUCUUAAUAAUAUUUCGUCUUUCAGUGCAGAGAUGCCUUUGAUGAUUGUGGAGACGAGCUGCAGUCUGAUUGGCUGGCUCUUUCUGUAUGUGCUGCUGUGUCACUGGAACAGGGAAAGAGAUUGUGAGUGGAACUGCAGGCUGGUAACUUUGAUCCACGGCAUCCUGAUCGUCUGUGUGACUGCCUACAUUAGCUUCAUUGCUGAGCCAUGGCCUUUCACACACCCAGGCACUGAAAACACAUAUCUCCAGAUCCUGGCUCUUGUUCUCAGUUUAGGUUACUUCCUCUUUGACAUGGCUUGGUGUGUGUAUUUCCACACUGAGGGUCCGGUGAUGCUGGCCCACCACACGAUGAGCAUCCUCGGGUUGGUGCUGGCACUAGGGCUGGGCGAGUCGGGCAUCGAGACCUGCGCUGUUCUCUUCGGCAGCGAGAUCACCAACCCACUCCUGCAGGCCCGCUGGUUCCUCAAGCGCAUGGGGCGCUAUGACAGUUUAGCCGGAGAUGUGGUGGACCUGCUCUUCAUUCUUCUGUUUGCCUCUGUGAGGAUUGGUGUGGGGAGUAGACUGCUUUAUUGUGAAUUAGCCUCUCCGAAGCCAUUGCUUAUAGUGAAAGUUGGUGGGGUGGCUAUUUACACUCUCUCCUGGAUCUUCAUGAUAGACAUUGCACGUUUUGCCUGCAAGAAAACUCGCACCAAAUACAGACGAUGGAAGGAACACAAGCUGGAUGAAGCUAAUGGACAUGCUGUUAAAGUGAAAUAGGCCUUUCUGUGCAUUAGGACUGGGAAAAGUGGCAUGAUGUACACACACACAUACAC